CGCAGUUGGACUCAAAGCCACCUCUUGUGCUUUUUUCGAAAAAAAAAACCCCACUGGUCUACUCUCAGGAAGUACUGUAUGAAUAUUAAUAUGGAUGCAAAUGCACAGUGAGGAUGCCCAGCGCUUGAACCAACACAGCGCGCUGAUAUCUGCGCAUUUUUGUUUUGGCGUUUUGUUUUUUUUCUCUCCGGGGCUGAACUGAACUGAAAACAUGCUUCUUUUGCGGAGGUCGUGUCGGAGGCUUUUAUGAAAUACAAAAGGAUGGCGUUUUACCUGAGCGUUUGCAGAGGAACAUUUUGUAACGUCGCAUUGAAUUGCAUCAUGGUUUUCAAUCAGAUCUCACACCGGCCAGGCUAUACACCGUGCCUCGGUACAACAGUGUGCUGUUUAUCAUAAAAAUGGAAGACCUUUCACGUCAAGAAAAGGCGUCAGUCCGAUGAUAUGCGUCUGAAUAACUGAUUUUUCAUUUCCACGUCAAUUGACACAUCUGGGAAAGGAUUUUUCCUUCCCUCCCGUCUACCAAGACAGCUGUGUCAUCAACAACCGGCGUGGUUUUGUUGUUGUCUGAUUUUUACGAGCCUGGGCAACUGGAUUUCAGCAUAGUCUGCAUCUGCGCCAGCCAUAGGCUACCCAGUUACUAAGGUGAGUUGGAGGAGGCUGCCUGUGCCAUACGUCUCCUUCUCCCAAGUCUUCUUCUAUACCAUGAGCUCUGGCUCAGCCCAGGAUGUGGCAGUCGAGCAUUUCCUGCGUGACAUAGAGAGGCGAAGCAAGCGGCUACACUGCGCUGUCAUAGGCUGCGAGGAGGAGCGACCCCGCAGCGACAUGAACCUGCUGUAUCGUAAGAGCCGUUUGGACUGGAGGCAGAGGGACCAAGAGGGAAGUAAAAAGAGCUCUACCCAAAACGACCCUUCAGCAACCGUUGGCAAAGUCCGAGACUUGGCUUCCUUCCGCCGGCACUUCCGGAUGGGUUUCAUGACCAUGCCGGCCUCCCAGGACCUGUCCCCUCACUCCUGUGCCUCCGCCAUGGCGCCACGCUCGCAGUCCUGCCAUGCUGUCGGUGCCGGGGACACGAGUCUAGAGAACGGAGAUUACUCUGACACCCAGUCCCAACAUGGUGGCCGCUGCCCCCCAGCCAAACCCAAACGCCACCCAAGCACUCGCCUCAGCUCUUCGUCCGCUGACAGCAGAGGACCUCCUGAGACGCCGCCCCCGCCUCCGCCCACUCACUCACAGGCCAAACACUCAGAGAAGAAAAAUGCCAUGAAGAAGUCUGACUCUGGAGAGAUUGGAGCAAAGAAGGUGCCUCCUUUAAAGCCCAAGAGAAGUCCCAGCACCCAGCUUUCCUUUGACCCUCUUCCUCCACGUGUGCCUCCUGCCACAUCCUUGCCUUUCCAGGCAGCAGACUCUCAAAAUCAGACAGCAGACGGGGAUGAUGAGCCAGUCUAUAUAGAGAUGGUGGGUCAAGUGUUCACCAGAGACAGCCAGACGGCCACCCCCCACCCUGUCACCCCUGUGGCCACCACACCUGACUCUGACUCAGACCAGAGUGAGGCCAUUUAUGAGGAGAUGAAAUAUCCGCUGCAAGAGGACAGAGAGUCCCAGAGACACCUCCCUCCCAAACAUGAGAAACUGAAAACCUCUAAACACUUCCAUGUCACCCCCUCCUCUUCCAGCAGCUCCUCCUCUUUGCCCCGCCCCUCUUCGUCCUCUCCUUCCUACUCCAAACCCAAAGCUACUGUGUCGAUUUCUCAUUCGUCUCCUCUGCCUUCCUCUGCAUCCUCCACCCCUGUCCCCCAGGUCCUCUCCACCAGUCCGCACACCCCACGUGCUCCUACUCCCUACCUGCUGCAAGGGAGUAAAUCUGAGCCUGAGGCCAACACAAAGAUCCCAGCCCCUUUCCCCAAUCUUCUACAGCACCGGCCCCCGCUGCUUGCCUUCCCUCAGCCUGCAGCAGCCUCCAGCGGGGUUGGGGUGCAAAACAAGGCGUCUGCUUCUGUUAAAAUGGGAACUCAAACAUCCAGUGUGACGACUCAAGCCAACGCCUCCUCCUCAUCCUCUUCUAAUGUUCCUGUAUCCCUGUCAGGCUCCAAGGAGUCAUCAGGAGGAUGUGCAAGCCAGCAGGACAAACACAGCAGAGAUUCCCAGUUAGGCCCAGCUCCUGGACUGAGAGCCAGGAGUCACUCCACACCCUUGCCCCCCUCCUCUAAAUCCACCUCACCUUUCUCCCAUCACCACCACCACCCUCACCAUCGCCCCUCACACUAUCAUCACUAUCGCAAGCCAGAGAGAGGAGACUCUCCUGCUCCAACCAAGAGCAGCUCUCAAGGUUCAAACCAGGCCACAGUCCAGACCCAAACCUCAAGUACAGGAAAGGAAGGCAAGUCUGUUAGCUUCCUCUUGAAGUCCGAUAAAGGAGAGAGGGAUAAGGAUAGGGAACGGGACAAAGACAGGGACAGGGACAGGGACAGGGACAGGGACAGGGACAGGGACAGAGACAGAGACAGAGACAGAGACAGAGACAGGGACAGAGACAGGGACAGAGACAGAGACAGAGAGAGGGAUAGGGAUAGGGAUAGGGGUAGAGACAGGGACAGGGAGAGAGACAGAGAUAAGGAGAAAGACAGAGAUAGAGACAGAGAUAGGGAUAAGGACAGGGACAGAGAAAGAGAAAGGGAUCGGGAUAGGGAUGGAGGGCCUCACUCCUUACAGAUGGAUUGUGCUACCACCUGUAGCAGCCAAACAUCUCAAAGCAGCACCAGCUCAACCCCUACGCCAUUAUCCUCAUCCCAGCGUCCUCAUUCUCGCCCACAUCUCCGCUCUCACACUCCACACGGCCUGCCAGCGUACAAGCCGCCCUCUUCAGACAGCCCACUGCUGUGGACCUACCCCUCUGGUGGCUUCCGGAGGCCGCCGGCUUACGAGAGCCUGAGAGGGAGUUCUCAGACGCCGUCUCUGCAACAGCCCUCGAGCCUUACUGGUAUAGGUGAGGGGGCGUCCAAGGCUAAUGGAGGGUCUGCAUCCCUCCAGUCAAAAGUUGGCUUCAUGCCCUGGGACAGCAGUGCCAGCUUAGCUGCAGAUGAGGGGUCUUACUGGCCUAUGCAGAGGAAGUUGUCCUUCAGCCAUGGGAGCAGAGAGACAGAGAAGGAUGAAGGGCGUGCGUGGAAUGGCAGUGCUGAUGCCCUGUUAAGGAUGGAUAAAGAGGAUCUUGGGAUCGGGUCGCGAGGCGGCCACUCAGGCAUCCCGGUCCACUUCAGUGGUGCCACCAGCAGGGCCCUUGGUCACAGUGAGUCCUUGGCUGGUGUGGAUAGCAGCCUUGGAUUCAGAGCCCUACCCAGAGUAGGGAUGCCUCUUCCCUGCCAGACCUUCCCUGCCUGUCGCAAUGGAGAAGUGGGGCGGCUGGGCCGCUCCUCCUCUGCUGCUGGAGUGAGACAGGUGGGUGGAGAUGUCCAGAGACAGAGCAGUCUACCAGCACGAGAAGCCCUGAAUCAGCUGCAUGGCCUGGCCCAGCCUCAAGUGCCCUGCAGUCCCAGCAGUCCCAGUGUGUCUCGACAGCAGCAGCAGCUUCAGCUCCACCAGCAGCAGCUGCAGUUAAAGCAGCAGCUCCAGCAGCUUCAGCAACAGCACCAUCUGCAGUUGCAGUUCCAGCAGCUCGCCCAGCUGGCGCAGGGACAGCCUUCGGUCAGCGGAGGCACCACCCCAUCCACAACGCAGACCCAGAGAGAUGGCAAGCUGCUGGAAGUCAUUGAGCGUAAACGCUGCCUGUGCAAAGAGAUCAAGGCCCACAGGCGCCCUGACAAAAGCCUGUGCAAGCAGGACAGCAUGCCCAUCCUCCCUAGCUGGAGACGGACACCUGAGCCUCGUAAGACUGGCACACCACCUUGCCAGAGGCCACAAGCCGUCGUGUGGGACACGGCUAUCUGAGGUGGGACAAAACACGCAGAUAAGUUGAAGAUGGUUGAACAAUUAAUAAGAGAUGAGAGUAAAAAUGGGUUCAGAAACUGGAAUAUUCUUGGUUUGUGGUGAGAUGAUUGCCACAGAGGCAGGAAAGAUUUUGGACAAAGAAGAAUUUGCAAGCACUCUUCCUGUGUGAUAAACUGACUGGGGAACAGUAAUGGGUUAUUGGAGAUUGAACUCAUUUGGAAACAACCAUCAAAAAAAGGCUGAUAAAAGAUGUGAAGAAAAAGAAGUAUUACAAUCAGACUAAAUUAAUUUCUUACCCAGUUGAUUUGUACUUGCUCUCUACGAUGUACUACAUUGAUGUGUUCUAAUUGCCAAUGAUUUUUGCCACAAAACACCAGUACUAUUGCUACAAAAUGAAGACACCAACUAAACAAUAAUGGGUGGGAUGUUUUCUGUGAUUGGUGUUGCCAAAUUUCCUCCUGACUACUUGAGACAUAUUUUCUCCAACACACAGUUGUCCAACACGCAUAUAAACUGCUUUGUGGGUGAGAAAAGGCAAGAUUCAUUGAUAAGUUAUUGAAGUGUUUCUUGAAAUCGUGAAUGCAUAUGAGAUGUCUUGGUAUCAAUAGAUUGUCAUUGUGGAUGCAAAUAAUCAUCACUGAGGAGUAAAAGCUACCUACUGUAUCUGUUUGCAUAUUUGUAAUGUAUCUAUUUACUUUCUCAACGUUUCUGCAAUUUUAUAGCAAUAUGCUCCCAAUGCCGGAGCAACAUAAUUAAAACUUGUGUCAACUAGCCUAACAUACAUAUCUAAGACUUGAAUAAGUCAUAUUUACUGUGUCAUUCUCUGCAUGUCACAAUAGACAUACAGUAUUGUAAAAAAAUAUAUAUAAAUAUAUAAAUGUGUAGAGAUGAUCAUGUCAGACUUUUACAUACAGCAGAUCUUCACUAUGAUAAUAUCAUGUGGUUGUAUAAAAAGAUGAAUAUGUUGCUUGGGGUAUCAUUAAAAAAGGUGGUGUGACAGAUGGCACAUACUGUGCAGUCCAGUCAAUCAAUAGGUCCAGAUCAGUGGUACACAAACUUCAUCACUCAUGCUUACCCACAGUUGCACAUAAGUGAUUGUUCCUCCACACAGAAAAACAAGCACUGACACCCAUCAACACAGACUGUACAAUAUGGUGCAACUGAUAAGACUGUGAGUAUUGAUCACCUCAAACAGAAUGCUGGAACAAUCUGCACAAAACAUGGUAUACGCUUAGGAGAAAUUAAACCCUAAUGUACUGUAAAUAGAUAUGUACAACUGUAUUGAAAAUGUAGCAGUUAUUUCCAUUUUCAUACUUGUAAUCAGUACAUAUUAUGUAGCAUAUACUGUAUAAACAUAACUUUGUUCACUUGUUUUUUCUAAAAGAAUUAAGUACUUUAUCUGCUGCAACCACUCCAUGCAUUACUUAUAGUUGUACUAAUAAACAGUAAGCCCUCUAAUGAAAGGCACAGUCCAACAGUUGUUUAUUUAAAUUUAUGCAAGACUCCCUUUAAGCUGUGUUAUUGUUUUAUUUAUGUCUUUUUUUUCUACAUUCAUUUUUAUUUGUGUACAGAUUUCUUGAUUUUUGGAAUACUUUGCUGCUAUCUUGAACUACAGGUGUUGUUCAUUCAACUACAUGGUGUUACCAUGAGAAACAUUAUUAAUAUAGUGGUUAUUGUUACAUAUUUGUUUUAUAAGCCACGUGAAAUGAAGUUUGUACCUUGAAGAGUGAGCCCUUCUGUAAUAGUAUUAAGGCACUUGAAUGUCUCUUGGUUGUUGUUGUUUUAUGAUAGUUAGCACCAAACUGUACAGUACAGUACACCCAUUGAAAAGAAGACCUAUCUAAAUGUUUGAGAGUCACUGCUUGGCCUUUUGUUUUAGUUCCACCUGCUUGUGUUUGACAGUCGAGGGUUUUCGAGCUCACUGAGUCCAUUUUCAAACAAACACAGGUCAGGUUGAUGGAAAUGGGCAAGUGCAAUGCAUGCAGAGAUUCCUUAUACUGAAAAUGUCCCAAUGAUACUGACUAUUGUGCCCAAUUUAAUUUGAGAUACCAAGUAAUCACCUUACUAUGAUUCCUUUUCACAGACUGAUAUGGAACCCUAGGUAUCAUUUCCCGAAAUAGUUUACAGAAGCUGUUGGUUUUGUGUGUCUACUAAAACAGUGGCCAUUAUAUGAGUGCCAUACUAUAUUGAUAUGGUAAGAUACGGUGUACCUUGGAAAUCACUGUAGUGCUAUAUUUGCAUUGAUAUUGUCAUUAAAAUAAAUUUUAUAUAAUGAA